AUGGAAGCAGUUGAAGACAUAGUGAUUGUUGGUGCCGGCAUUGCAGGCCUCACUACAGCUUUGGGACUUCACAGGCUUGGCCUUAGAAGCUUGGUUGUGGAGGCGUCCGAUGGGUUGAGAACCACAGGGUUCGCCUUUUUGACAUGGACAAAUGCUUGGCGGGCCUUGGAUGCGGUUGGCAUCGGCGAACCUCUCCGCCAACAGCACAACCAACUUUCUAGACGGGGCCAUGAAUUUCGUUGUGUGCAGAGGAGAACCCUGUUGGAAACUCUUGUGAAUGAACUUCCUAGCGGCACCGUAAGGUAUUCAUCCAAGGUCGUGUCAAUAGAGGAAUCGGGCUACUCUAAGUUGGUCCAUCUUUCUGAUGGGUCAAGUCUCAAGGCGAAGGUGUUAAUUGGGUGCGAUGGAGUGAACUCAGCAGUGACAAAAUGGCUAGGCUUCAAGAAGCCUGCUUUUGUUGGCCGAUUUUCCAUCAGGGGCUCUGCGUAUUAUGAGCAUGGUCAUGGUUUCGAGCCUGAAUACUUCCGGUACAAUGCUGAAGGCGUUAGACUUGGUGCCAUUGCUUGCGAUGAGAAGUCUAUAUAUUGGUUCUUCACUUUUUCUUCUUCCAGCAAGAAUGAAGAGAUGGAAGAGAGUCCGGCCAAGACGAAGCAAUUCAUGCUGAGCAAGCUGGGAAAUAUACCAGACAAUGUGAGAGCUAUUAUUGAGAAAACAGAACCGGCUAACAUUAUACUGUCACCGCUGAGAUUUCGACAUCCGUGGGAGAUUCUGCUGGGGAACAUAAGCAAAACUAAUGUCUGCAUAGCCGGAGAUGCAUUCCACCCCGUGACGCCAGACAUCGGCUAG